GCUGUUGAUGGCAGCUCCUUAAAUCGAUGCAACCUAGGUACGGGCCGAGAUAGCCUUUCAGCUGCUAGAGCUGUGUAGUUGACGAAUCAUCCGUGUUACCCCGGAAUUCAUCAUCGUGGGUAAUCAGGCACCCCCUGGUUACGCCGACGUCAUGUAGUAUGGCCCCAUACGUGAUUCGUGUCGCCUCAAGGUCCCCGCAUCACGAAUUCGGAUCACGAUGAGGAAGACAACUAUUUUGAAGUUAAGAUAUAUUUAGAGAUUAUUGCCUACCUAUCUUACAGUUUUCAUCUUUAGUUAAUUAUCUCAUAAACAUUAUACACCAUAACCAGACGGAAACCAAUCGUCAUGUAUGCGAAAUUUAUCUUCACCACCCUCGCCUUGGCAGGCAGUCUAGCAUCCGCAACCUAUGCCCCGGAACCUAUUAAGGUGGCGGAACGCAAUGUAAAACCACGCCAAACAUUAAAUCCGGGUGGCCCCGUUGAGUCUCUAAGCUCCGCAGCCGACCAGGGCACAACCGGCGUCCUGUCUAUUCAAACCGAUACUUCCCUUUCAACUCCCGCUCAAACCGACACGCCUGCUUCGCUCUCCAUUCAGACCGACACGUCCCUUCCCCCCACUAUUCAGACGGAUACAGUAAUCAGUAGCAUCACCAGUGUUGUCUCCCCUACGACUUCGGGAUCCGAUGCCCAAUCGUCCACAACAGACACUUCCGACGCAUCUUCAUCUGAGGAGUCUUCUAUUUCCACAUCCAGCUCUGAUGGGGGAGCGGCGUACCCGCAAGAGACGGGUUUCGCAUUAGCCGCAGCGGCGGCAGCGGGGCUCGUUGGUGUCGUGGCCGCAUUAUAACAAAUACAAUAAAAAUGAACUAUCAUGUACCAUACUCUAAUCCUAGAAUCACCUAAAGAUAUACACGUUCAUUAUAGUUUGGGCGAAAUAUGAUCAAGCAAAAUUGUCUAAGAUGGGGUAAAAUGUAAUGAGUACCUACGAUGAGAUAUGGAGGGUCAAUAUGAGUUUAUGUAUUAUUAUCAGGUAGCGUGUGAAGACUCGCAUACUUCAAGUUAUUAUU